AUGCCAGGCAACUGUGGACGUCAGAAACUCAACAGAAAACGCAACAAUAAGCGGAAAAAGAUAUCGUCCUCAAGUGGAUCAGACACGAACUUAGGUGACACCCCUGCAACAACAAACAUGGCCACCGCCACGGGCAACUUGGUGCGACAGUCACUGGAGACAAUCUACUCAGCUAACGCAACCACCCAGGAACAGCCGCACUUCGGUACACCCCAGGACAUCGAGGAUGUGCUCCAGACAUACUCACAUAUUUUCCAGGAACAAGGUGGAAUCAAGGGUAUGGUUGGUAAGAUAUACAUUCCACCAAACGCAAAGCCAGUGUUUCUCAAAGCACGACCACUUCCUUAUGCCAUGAAGGAAAAGGUCGACAAGGAACUUGACCGACUCCUUGCAGAAGGAAUAAUAGAAUCAGUACAACACUCGGAAGUGGGCCACUCCGAUAGUCCCUGUACUCAACUUCCUAUCGACGAGAAGUCGAAGGACUACACAACCAUAAACACCCAUAGAGGGUUGUUCAGAUUCAACAGAUUGCCUUUUGGAAUUUCAUCCUCACCGGGCAUAUUCCAGCGCUGCAUAGACAAUCUCUUACAGAACAUUCCUAUGACUGGUGGUUACCAGGAUGAUAUCAUCAUCUCAGGUCAGGAUGAUACCAAACACAUUGAGAACCUCACCACUGUGUUGGAGAAACUUUCAACAGCAGGCACGCAUCACAGUACGGACUGGGUGCAGUCCUCUCUCACAAGAUGCCUGAUGGGUCCCAGCGUCCCAUAUCAUUUGCUUCACGAACACUCAACCAGGCAGAAAAGGGUCGAAAAAGAGGGACUCUCUGUCAUAUUUGGAAUUAAAAGAUUCCACCAGUAUCUCUACGGGAGACACUUUCUGAUGUCAAAUGACCACAAACCCCUUCAGUUCCUGUUUGGAGAAAAGAAAGGGAUUUUGGAUAUGUCUUCUCCGCGUAUCCAGAGGUGGGCAAUAACCCUGUCUGCCUACAGCUACUCCUUCGUCUACACUCCAGGAAAGGAUCUUGGUCAUGCGGAUGCCAUGAGUAGGUUACCACUACACAAUGCACCUUCCUCGGUUCCCACUCCUCCAGAAACGUUGAAUCUAACAGAAUUCUUCGAUUCAACGCCAGUGACUGCAACAGACAUAGCUGCAUGGACGAACCACAAUCCACUGCUUUCACAGGUGAGAAGAUUCACCAACAGUGGAUGGCUAUCAUCAGUGAAUGACGAUUCGAUGAGACCAUUCUUCUCACGACGAAAUGAACUGAGUUCACACGGUGGUGUGAUACUGUAG